GCCUCUGCAGCUUCGUGGCCGGCGUCAUCCACCCGUGGCGAGUGACCGCCUUCGAGCGGCUGCUGUGGCGCGCCUGCCGCGGGUACCUGGUGGCCUCCUUCGUGGAGAUGCCUGAGCCCAUGGAGGACCCGGCCACGGGCGAGAGCAUCACCUGGGUCAUCUUCCUCAUCUCCUACUGGGGUGAGCAGAUCGGGCAGAAGAUCCGCAAGAUCUCGGACUGCUUCCACUGCCAGGUGUAUCUGUACCCAGAGAGCGAGGCCAGCAGGACAGACACCAUUACCGGGCUGCAUGGCCAGAUCCAGGAGCUCAGCGUGACGCUGGAGGAAACGGAGAAGUACCUGGCGGAGGUGCUGGACAAGGUGGCGCAGGCGCUGCCCACCUGGCGCGUGCAGGUGCAGAAGAUGAAGGCCAUCUACCUCGUCCUCAACCAGUGCAGCUUCGAUGUCACCCAGAAGUGCCUCAUUGCAGAGGUUUGGUGCCCGGUGCAGGACCUCACCCAAGUGCAGGAUGCCCUGCGCCAGGCAUCUUACCAGAGCGGCUCCAGCGUGGAGUGCUUUGUGCAGCGCGUCCCCACUUCGGAGAGCCCCCCCACCCUCAUCCGCACCAACAAGUUCACUGCCGGCUUCCAGAGCAUUGUGGACGCCUAUGGGGUGGCCAGUUACCAGGAGGUGAACCCCGCACCCUACGCCAUCAUCACCUUCCCCUUCAUCUUCGCCAUCAUGUUUGGGGACGUGGGGCACGGGCUGCUCAUGUUCCUCUUCGCACUCUGGAUGGUGCUGUAUGAGGACAGCCCCCGCCUGCGGCAGGGCACCAACGAGAUCUGGCUGACAUUCUUCGAGGGGCGCUACCUCAUCUUGCUCAUGGGCGCCUUCUCCAUCUACACUGGCUUCAUCUACAACGAGUGCUUCAGCAAAGCCACUGCCAUCUUCCCUUCUGCCUGGAGCGUGGCCACCAUGGCCAACCACUCCUCCUGGAGCUCUGAGUAUCUUGCCGCCCACCCUUCGCUCACCCUGGACCCCAAUGUUACCGGUGUCUUCCGAGGGCCGUAUCCAUUUGGGAUCGACCCAAUCUGGAGCUUGGCCACCAACCACCUCAACUUUCUCAACUCCUUCAAGAUGAAGAUGUCAGUGGUGCUGGGCAUCGUGCACAUGGGCUUCGGUGUUGUGCUGGGGGUCUUCAACCACGUGCACUUCAAACAGCAUCACCGCCUGGUCCUGGAGUUCCUCCCAGAAAUUAUUUUCCUCCUGGCUCUUUUUGGCUACCUGGUCUUCCUCAUCUUCUACAAGUGGAUCAAGUUCAGUGCUGCUGACUCCCUGGUGGCCCCCAGCAUCCUCAUCCACUUCAUUGACAUGUUCCUAUUCACCUCCAAUGCUGAGAACCUCCCACUCUACCCGGGGCAGGUGCCAGUGCAGACGGUGCUGGUGCUGCUGGCGCUGGCGUCAGUGCCCGUCCUGCUCCUGGGGACGCCGCUGUACCAGUGGUGCCGGCGGCGCGCCCCGAGGAUGUCGCUGGCCAUGGGGGAACAGGAGCCGCUGCUGGAGGGGCAGGAGGCUGGGAACUCCGUCAACGCCACCAAGGAGGACGUGGAGAGCGGGGGGCACAGCCCUGACGCCAAGCAUUUGGACUUUGCCGAAAUCUUCAUGCACCAGGCGAUCCACACCAUCGAGUACUGCCUGGGCUGUGUCUCCAACACGGCGUCCUACCUGCGGCUCUGGGCGCUCAGCCUGGCACACGCCCAGCUCUCGGAGGUCCUGUGGACCAUGGUGAUGCGGAACGGCUUUGUGGGGCUGAGCUACGUGGGUGGUGUGGUGCUGGUGCCCGUCUUUGCCGCCUUUGCCGUGCUGACCGUGGCUAUCCUGCUGGUGAUGGAGGGGCUCUCUGCUUUCCUCCAUGCCCUGCGCCUGCACUGGGUGGAGUUCCAGAAUAAGUUCUACGUGGGUGCUGGGUACAAGCUGUGCCCCUUCGCUUUCGCCCCAGACACCUGGGAAUAGCCAUGCCACGGGGAUUCCAGGGGCUUGGAACAUCAGCUGCACCCCACAUUCCCCCCCACUGGACCCCUGGAGCCUCCUUGGCGGUGAAUAAAGCCAUCCCUGUGUCUCCCCCCA